AUGGCUACUCGGAGGAAGCUAACCCGCCGUCCAGGACAGCGCACAGGACUUCGUUCUCAGGGGCAAGAGAACUAUGAGGGGGGGGCAACCGCCAAGCCAGACGUGGAGUGGGAGACUGCGGCUUCCUCAUCCGAGGAGUCUGAGAAGGGGGCCAAGGGCUGGAUGCACCCAGCAGCUCCGACAGCCGCAAGGUCGACAGGUGGACCAGAUGGAGAGCUACUGGCAUUGAUGAGGGACUUCAUGGCAGGACAGCAGCGGAGAGAGGAGAACCUGUUGGCAGAGAUCCGAGGCCUAAGGGUUGCUAAACCACGGACUGACCAGUUGCCUCGGCGUGCCACCCAGCCCCAUCGAGAUGGUGACCAAGUACAGCCUGCUCCGAACCUGCACAUCGCAGCCACCCCAAGCACACUGACGGCAAGCAGUCCCAGACUUAACCUGCCAACACCAGCACCCCCGCGUGGGCGCCAGGAGACACCAGCAGAGGCAUCCGAUCACCACUUUUCAGACCUGGACAACAGCCCAGACCAGCCAAGGUCAGAGUGGAGGCAUUAUAACCAACCAAAAAUGCCACAAUAUCAGAGGGGCGAGGACAUUGAAAACUAUUUAUUACGUUUCGAGCGCAUUGCCAAAAUGUGGAAAUGGCCGGAGAGCGAGUGGGCAUGCAGACUCGUUCCACUGCUGGCGGGGAAGGCAUUGGAGGCCUACACUGCAAUGGAUGAGGACAGAGCACACCACUAUACUGACCUGAAGGCAGCGCUAUUGGCGAAAUUUGACAUCUCUCCAGAGACCUACCGGCUGCAGUUCAGAUCAACGAAUGUACCACCGGGCGAGAGCCCCACCGAGACCUACCACCGCCUGAAGGGCCUCUACCGACGCUGGAUUCGGCCAGGGCAGCACACCAAGGAGGAGGUUGGAGAGGCCAUCAUCUUGGAGCAGUUACUCCGGGUACUUCCUUUUGAGGUGAGGACCUGGGUGAAGGAGCAUGAGCCAGCAGAGGGACUUACAGCUGCCAAGCUGGUUCUGCAGUACCUCAACGCUCGGAGAGGAGGACCAGCUACACAUUUCACCAGUGCAGCACGCCGACCAACACCCCAGCCCAGGCCUGCAAGGAGAGAGGAGUGUCCAGGUAACAUCAGUACUGCCCCAAACCAACAAACAUCUGACUGAACCCUGUGUUAACUGAAGCUGCAUGUCUGUGAGGAGCCCCUGGUGAGCUGGGAUUGGUUUACCUGUAGCUGAGCCCCUGAUGAGCUGGGAUUGGUUUACCUGUAGCUCAGCCCCUGAUGAGCUGGGAUUGGUUUACCUGUAGCUCAGCCCCUGAUGAGCUGGGAUUGGUUUACCUGUAGCUCAGCUUGACUGUGAGCAAUAUGUUUUUCCUGUUUCUUUUUGUUUUCCCAAUUUGCUUAUCACUGGUUGUGUUUUAUCUGCUCAGACAAACAGCGAUCUAACAAAUAAUUCACGGUUUGGCAGUUUGGAGGAUAUGGCGGUGCUGUUGCCACUCCCAAGAAAGCGAGGAAGGUCAGAAGAGCCAAAAUCACCUCAGGGAGCGAAAGACUGCUCAGCAAACUUCAUCAAGGUUCUUGGUGAGAGGGAUUUUUUAUUUCAUGAAUUCACUCUCUUUUUGUGCAGAAACAGAAACUAACUAUUUGUGUAGCCCUGCAGCUAAAAGAAGACGUAAACUAGCAACACAAACAAGCCAGGCAUUUCCUUCUUUUUAACUGUGGCAGUUAUGGAAGCCCUUCAAAGACUCUUAAAAUAUGUAUCUUGUCAAUACAAUUUUAGUAAAAUAUCAACUGUGUAUAACUCAUUGCAAAAAUAUAAUAUCAUGAAAAAGUUAUAUUUUUCUACCAGUUGAUGAAUACUUUUUAUCAAGACGUUGCUGGAUAAUCAAUCUAGCUUCAAUAAUAAAUCUCUAUCAUGAGUAAA